AUGUCACCCCCUACUACCAUAAUACAUGUAUUGAGACACGCUCAACACGACGAUUCUACGGGACUGUUAACGGAUGAAGGAGAGGAACAAGCACUCCGACUUGCUAGCCUAUUCUUAAACGAACGAUUCUUAAUGGCGCAACAUAUUACCCAUAUCUUUUGUUCGCCGAUGCCUCGAUGCCAGCAAACUGCGAAAAUAGCCCUCAGAGAUGUGAUUGCGCGUGGAAUUCCGAUUUUCACUGUGCAAGAGCUUUCUGACAAUAGGGAAGUAGGUCUCUCCUUCCUUUGGAGACACAUUAGUCUUCGUGAGAGAAAUGAGAUUAUAAUGAUAACUCAGGGAGUUGUUCUGAAAACACUCCUCGGUCUCCACAACGUUGGUUAG